UGGCGCGCGCGGGGACUUAAAGUAGGUGAGUUCUAGGGGCCUGGCCCACGGCUCCCCAGGAGCCAUCUUGGUUCCCCCAGAAGGCGGGAGGGGUGUACCUUGGGUGCGACUGGGCGGAGGUGACUUGGAAGUUCGCUUCUCGGACUGUAAUACCCUUACCUGGCGCCCCGCUCCGAGUUUAGGUAUGAAGACACAGGGAGACGUUGGGCCACAAGGGAACCCACUCAGGUGGGGACCAAAGAUGGUGGCUCUUUGAAUUGGAGCCAAGCGUGGUGGGCACUCGCUGAGUUGGCCUGUCAUAAAGACGGAGUUGACACUUUAUCCAUGGGGCAUCCUACUUUCCCUACCUGUCAACAGUUUCCCUCUAGAGUGGCAUAUUUUCAGGUGAAUUCCAUUUAUGCUAUUUUCUUUCCAUCUCAUUUGUUCCUUCAUCAGUAGGCUCGGUGAUGAGCCUUCCCAAGGGCAGGGUUGAUUUCAUGUUUGGUUCACAGAUGUAUGCCGAAUACUUCAAACAGCACUAGGUAUACCAUAACCAUUGAAUGAAUAUGAUGGACCCUAGGGGAAAGACACAGUUCCCCUAAUCCAGUCCUGGAGGUGGGUGUGAAGGCAGAAAUGGAAAGUAAUGGUUACAAUAUAGCGAGAGAUCUUAGAGUAAACACAAGUCCAUUGACCACUGUGGAACAGGCAGGAUACACCAGGAACACCAGAAAGCAGGGAAGACGCCAGGAAAGGGUUUGCUGAGAAAGUGACAUUUGAGGCCAGGCGCGGUGGCUCACUGCUGUAAUCCCAACACUUUGGGUGGCCAAGGUGGGCGGAUCACCUGAGGUCAGGAGCUCGAGACUGUGGUGAAACCCCGUCUCUACUAAAAAUACAAAAAUUAGCCAGGCGUGAUGCCGGGCGCCUGUAAUCCCAGCUGCUCGGGAGGCUGAGGCAGAAGAAUCGCUUGAAGCCGGGAGGCAGAGGUUGCAGUGAGCCAAGAUAGCACCACUGCACUCCAGCCUGGACGACAGAGCGAGAUUCCAUCUCAAAAAAAAAAAAAAAGAAAAGAAAGAAAGUGACAUUUGAACUGAAUCUUAAAGGAUAGGUAGAAGUUGGACCAGAAAACUAGGUGGGAAAAAGCCAAGGAAUUGGUCUAAGGCAUGAAGAUGUGGGGGGACAAGAACAGUGUGUUCGAAGACUGGGGAAAAAUGUCUGGCUGAACCAUAGGCUUUUGCGGGCGAGGGGUAGGCGUUACAAGAUGUGAAGUUCAGAUCAUGGAGGGUCUCGCUAAGCAGUUUAGAUUUUAUUCUGUGUGCACGAAAAACCAUCAGAAGAUUUUAGAGGAGAGACAUUAUCUGGGUGAUUUGGGGCAAGUCUUAACCUUAUAUAUGCUUAUGUAUGUUUCAAGGAGAUCUGAAAAUCUUAACCCAGCUAUGUUGCAGUUUCUUUAUCUGAAGAAAUGGAAGAUAGUAAUACCUACUUUACAAGGUUCUUGUGAAGAUUAAAUGAGUCAGAGUCGAUAUAAAGUAAUUAGAACAGUGCUUGACACAUAGGAAGCUUCUAUAUAUGUCAUCUUUUGUUAUCAUUUUUUGCAGUUGCAUCUGAUCAUACUGAGGUGGUCUGGUAAAGUAUAAAAAGCAUGGGCUAAAAAAGAAAGAAAAACAACCGGGCGCAGUGGCUCACACCUGUAAUCCCAGCACUUUGGGAGGCCAAGGUGGGCGGAUCACCUGAGGUCUAGAGUUCGAGUCCACCCUGGCCAAUAUGGCAAAACCCCAUCUCUUCUAAAAAUACAAAAAUUAGCCAGGCAUGGUGGCAGGUGCCUGUAAUCUCAGCUACUCGGGAGGCUGAGGUGAGAGAAUUGCUUGAAACCGGGGAGGCAGAGGUUGCCAUAGGCCCAAGAUCUUACCACUGCACUCCAGCCUGGGGAGCAGAACGAGACUCCGUCACAAAAAAAAAAAAAAAAAAUGUUUUAAGUGCUUCAGAAGGUUAACAACAGAAAGAUUGGUGGAAAGAGAAGCAUCGACGUUCACAAUGAUCCAGUUCACCCCCUAGGUUUCAGUCUGAUAACUCUGAUGCUGUUUGUGUGAACCAAUGAUGAGGAUAAUUGAUAAUGUGUAUCCUUCCCAGAUCAUGGAGGACACCCAGGCUAUUGACUGGGAUGUUGAAGAAGAGGAGGAGACAGAGCAAUCCAGUGAAUCCUUGAGGUGUAACAUGGAGCCAGUAGGGCGGCUACAUAUCUUUAGUGGUGCCCAUGGACCAGAAAAAGAUUUCCCACUACACCUUGGGAAGAAUGUGGUAGGCCGAAUGCCUGACUGCUCUGUGGCCCUGCCCUUUCCAUCUAUCUCCAAACAACAUGCAGAGAUUGAAAUCUUAGCCUGGGACAAGGCACCUAUCCUCCGAGACUGUGGGAGCCUUAAUGGUACUCAAAUCCUGAGACCUCCUAAGGUUUUGAGCCCUGGGGUGAGUCACCGUCUGAGGGACCAGGAAUUGAUUCUCUUUGCUGACUUGCUCUGCCAGUACCAUCGCCUGUAUGUCUCUCUGCCCUUUGUCUCCCGGGGCCCUCUGACAGUAGAAGAGACACCCAGGGUACAGGGAGGAACUCAACCCCAGAGGCUUCUGUUGGCUGAGGACUCGGAGGAGGAAGUAGAUUUUCUUUCUGAAAGGCUCAUGGUAAAAAAAUCAAGGACCACAUCUUCCUCUGUGAUAGUUCCAGAGAGUGAUGAAGAGGGGCACUCCCCUGUCCUGGGCAGCCUUGGGCCGCCUUUUGCCUUCAAUAUGAACAGUGACACAGAUGUGGAAGAAGGUCAGCAACCAGCCACAGAGGAGGCCUCCUCAGCUGCCAGAAGAGGUGCCACUAUAGAGGCAGAGCAGUCUGAAGCUGAAGUUGUAACUGAAAUCCAGCUUGAAAAGGAUCAGCCUUUAGUGAAGGAGAGGGACGAUGAUACAAAAGUCAAGAGGGGUGCAGGGAAUGGGGUGGUUCCAGCUGGGGUGAUUCUGGAGAGGAGCCAACCUCCUGGAGAGGACAGUGACACAGAUGUGGAUGAUGACAGCAGGCCUGGAAGGCCAGCUGAGGUCCAUUUGGAAAGGGCUCAGCCUUUUGGCUUCAUCGACAGCGACACUGAUGCAGAAGAAGAGGGGAUCCCAGCAACCCCAGUUGUCAUUCCUAUGAAGAAGAGGAAGAUCUUCCAUGGAGUUGGUACAAGGGGUCCUGGAGCACCAGGCCUGACCCAUCUGCAGGAGAGCCAGGCUGGUAGUGAUACAGAUGUGGAGGAAGGCAAUGCCCCACAGGCUGUCCCUCUGGAGAAAAGCCAAGCUUCCAUGGUUAUCAACAGCGAUACAGAUGACGAGGAAGAAGUCUCAGCAGCGCUGACUUUGGCACGUCUGAAAGAGAGCCAGCCUGCUAUAUGGAACAGAGAUGCAGAAGAGGACAUGGCCCAACGUGUGGUCCUUCUGCAGCGUAGCCAAACCACCACUGAGAGAGACAGUGACACAGACGUGGAGGAGGAAGAGCUCCCGGUGGAAAAUAGAGAAGCUGUCCUCAAGGGUCACACAAAGAUUAGAGCCCUUGUUAGAGCACAUUCAGAAAAGGACCAACCUCCUUUUGGGGACAGUGUGGAAGCAGAUAAGAGCUCACCUGGGAUCCACCUGGAGAGAAGCCAAGCCUCCACCACAGUGGACAUCAACACACAAGUGGAGGAGGAAGUUCCGCCAGGGUCAGCCAUUAUACAUAUAAAGAAGCAUCAGGUGUCUGUGGAGGGGACAAAUCAAACAGAUGUGAAAGCAGUUGGGGGACCAGCAAAGCUGCUUGUGGUAUCUCUAGAGGAAGCCUGGCCUCCGCAUGGGGACUGUGAAAUAGGUGCGGAGGAGGGCACCUCCUUAGCAGCCUCAGCAGUUGCAGAUGUAAGAAAGAGCCAGCUUCCAGCAGAAGGGGAUGCUGGGGCAGAGUGGGCUGCAGCUGUUCUUAAGCAGGAGAGAGCUCAUGAGGUGGGGGCCCAGGGUGGGCCACCUGUGGCACAAGUGGAGCAGGACCUCCCUAUCUCAAGAGAGAACUUCACAGAUCUGGUGGUGGACACAGACACUCUAGGGGAAUCCACCCAGCCACAGAGAGAGGGAGCCCAGGUCCCCACAGGAAGGGAGAGAGAACAACAUGUGGGUGGGACCAAGGACUCUGAAGACAACUAUGGUGAUUCUGAAGAUCUGGACCUACAAGCUACCCAGUGCUUUCUGGAGAAUCAGGGCCUGGAAGCAGUCCAGAGCAUGGAGGAUGAACCUACCCAGGCCUUCAUGUUGACUCCACCCCAAGAGCUUGGCCCUUCCCAUUGCAGCUUCCAGACAACAGGUACCCUAGAUGAACCAUGGGAGGUCCUGGCUACACAGCCAUUCUGUCUGAGAGAGUCUGAGGACUCUGAGACCCAGCCUUCUGACACCCACCUUGAGGCCUAUGGACCUUGCCUGUCUCCACCUAGGGCAAUACCAGGAGACCAACAUCCAGAGAGCCCAGUUCACACAGAGCCAAUGGGGAUUCAAGGCAGAGGGAGGCAGACUGUGGAUAAAGUCAUGGGUAUACCAAAAGAAACAGCAGAGAGGGUGGGCCCUGAGAGAGGGCCAUUGGAGAGAGAGACUGAGAAACUGCUACCAGAAAGACAGACAGAUGUGACAGGAGAGGAAGAAUUAACCAAGGGGAUACAGGACAGAGAACAAAAACAGUUGUUAGCUAGAGACACCCAGAGACAAGAAUCUGACAAAAAUGGGAAAAGUGCAAGUCCUGAAAGAGAUUGGGAGAGUUUGAAGGUAGAAAUUGAGACAUCCGAGGAAAUACAAGAGAAACAAGUAAAGAAGCAGACCCUUCCAAGCAAAGCAUUUGAGAGAGAAGUAGAGAGACCAGUAGCAGACAGAGAGUGCGAGCCAGCCGAGUUAGAAGAGAAGGUGCCCAAAGUGAUCCUGGAGAGAGACACACAGAGAGGGGAGCCAGAGGGAGGGAGCCAGGACCAGAAAGGGCAGGCCUCCAGCCCAACACCAGAGCCUGGGGUGGGGGCGGGGGACCUUCCGGGACCUACCUCAGCCCCCGUACCUUCUGGGAGCCAGUCAGGUGGAAGGGGAUCCCCAGUGAGCCCCAGGAGGCAUCAGAAAGGCCUCCUGAAUUGCAAGAUGCCACCUGCUGAGAAGGCUUCCAGGAUCAGAGCUGCUGAGAAGGCUUCCAGGGGCGAUCAGGAAUCUCCAGAUGCUUGUCUGCCUCCUACAGUGCCUGAAGCCCCAGCCCCACCCCAAAAGCCCCUUAACUCUCAGAGCCGGAAACAUCUUGCACCUCAGCCCCUUCUUUCUCCCCUUUUACCUUCUAUCAAGCCAACCAUUCAUAAGACCAGGCAAGAUGGGAGUCAGGAAGCUGCAGAGACUCCCUUGUCCUCAGAGCUGGAGCCUUUCUACCCAAAGCCUAAAAUCAUAACUCGAAAGUCCUCCAGGAUGACACCCUUUCCAGCUACCUCUGCUGCCCCUGAGCCCCACCCUUCCACCUCCACAGCCCAGCCAGUCACUCCCAAGCCCACAUCUCAGGCCACUAGGAGCAGGACAAAUAGGUCCUCUGUCAAGACCUCUGAACCAGUUGUCCCCGCAGCCCCUGAGCUCCAGCCUUCCACCUCCACAGACCAGCCUGUCACCUCUGAGCCCACAUCUCAGGUUACUAGGGGAAGAAAAAAUAGAUCUUCUGUUAAGACCCCUGAAACAGUUGUGCCCACAGCCCUUGAGCUCCAGCCUUCCACCUCCACCGACCGACCUGUCACCUCUGAGCCCACAUCUCAGGCUACUAGGGGAAGAAAAAAUAGAUCCUCUGUCAAGACCCCUGAACCAGUUGUCCCCACAGCCCCUGAGCUCCAGCCUUCCACCUCCACAGACCAGCCUGUCACCUCUGAGCCCACAUCUCAGGCUACUAGGGGAAGAAAAAAUAGAUCCUCUGUCAAGACCCCUAAAACAGUUGUGCCCACAGACCCUGAGCUCCAGCCUUCCACCUCCACAGACCAGCCUGUCACCUCUGAGCCCACAUCGCAGGCUACUAGGGGAAGAAAAAAUAGAUCCUCUGUCAAGACCCCUGAAACAGUUGUGCCCACAGCCCCUGAGCUCCAGCCUUCCACCUCCACAGACCAGCCUGUCACCUCUGAGCCCACAUCGCAGGCUACUAGGGGAAGAAAAAAUAGAUCCUCUGUCAAGACCCCUGAAACAGUUGUCCCCACAGCCCUUGAGCUCCAGCCUUCCACCUCCACAGACCGACCUGUCACCCCUAAGCCCACAUCUCAGACCACUAGGAGCAGGACAAAUAUGUCCUCUGUCAAGACCUGUGAAACAGUUGUCCCCACAGCCCCUGAGCUCAAGCCUUCCACCUCCACAGACCAACCUGUCACCCCUAAGCCCACAUCUCGGACCACUAGGAGCAGGACAAAUAUGUCCUCUGUGAAGACCCCUGAAUCAACUGUCCCUAUAGCCCCUGAGCUCCCACCUUCCACCUCCACAGAGCAGCCUGUCACCCCUGAGCCUGCAUCUCAGGCUACUACGGGAAGAAAAAAUAAGUCCUCUGUCAAGACCCCUGAAACAGUUGUCCCCACAGCCCCUAAGCUCCAGCCUUCCACCUCCACAGACCAGCCUAUCACCCCUGAGCCCACAUCUCAGGCUACUAGGGGAAGAAAAAAUAGAUCCUCUGUCAAGACCCCUGAAACAGUUGUCCCCACAGCCCCUAAGCUCCAGCCUUCCACUUCCACAGACCAACCUGUCACUCCUGAGCCCACAUCUCAGGCCACCAGGGGCAGGACAAAUAGAUCCUCUGUGAAGACCCCUGAAACAGUUGUCCCUACAGCCCCUGAGCUUCAGCCUUCCACCUCCACAGACCAGCCUCUUACCCCUGAGCCUACAUCUCAGGCUACUAGGGGAAGAACAGAUAGAUCCUCUGUCAAGACUCCUGAAACAGUUGUCCCCACAGCCCCUGAGCUACAGGCUUCUGCCUCCACAGACCAGCCUGUCACCUCUGAGCCCACAUCUCGGACCACUAGGGGAAGAAAAAAUCGGUCCUCUGUCAAGACCCCUGAAACAGUUGUGCCCACAGCCCCUGAGCUCCAGCCUUCCACCUCCAUAGACCAACCUGUCACCCCUGAGCCCACAUCUCGGGCCACUAGGGGCAGGACAAAUAGGUCCUCUGUCAAGAACCCUGAAUCAAUUGUCCCUAUAGCCCCUGAGCUUCAGCCUUCCACCUCCAGAAACCAGCUUGUCACCCCUGAGCCCACAUCUCAGGCCACUAGAGGCAGGACAAAUAGAUCCUCUGUCAAGACCCCUGAACCAGUUGUCCCCAUAGCCCCUGAGCCCCAUCCUACCACCUCCACAGACCAGCCUGUCACCCCCAAGCUCACAUCUAGGGCCACUAGGAGAAGGACAAAUAGGUCCUCUGUCAAGACUCCCAAACCAGUUGAACCAGCAGCCUCUGAUCUUGAGCCUUUUACCCCCACAGACCAGCCUGUCACCCCUGAGGCCAUAGCUCAGGGUGGUCAGAGCAAAACACUGAGGUCUUCCACAGUAAGAGCUAUGCCGCUUCCUACCACCCCUGAAUUCCAAUCUCCUGUCACCACAGACCAGCCUAUUUCCCCUGAGCCUAUUCCUCAACCCAGUUGCAUCAAGAGUCAGAGAGCCACUGGGAAUCCUGGCUCCCUCGCAGCUCCCAUUGACCGUAAGCCUUGCUCUGCACCCUUGGAACCUAAAUCCCAGGCCUCAAGGAACCAAAGAUGGGGAGCAGUGAGAGCAGCUGAAUCCCUUACAGCCAUUCCUGAGCCUGCCUCUCCCCAGCUUCUUGAGACACCAACUCAUGCCUCCCAGAUCCAAAAGGUGGAACCAGCAGGUAGAUCUAGGUUCACCCUGGAGCUCCAGCCUAAGGCCUCUCAAAGCCGCAAGAGGUCUUUAGCUACCAUGGAUUCACCACCACAUCAAAAACAGCCCCAAAGAGGGGAAGUCUCCCAGAAGACAGUGAUUAUCAAGGAAGAGGAAGAAGAUACUGCAGAGAAGCCAGCGAAGGAAGAGGAUGUCGUGACUCCAAAACCAGGCAAGAGAAAGAGAGACCAGGCAGAGGAGGAGCCCAACAGAAUACCAAGCCGCAGCCUCCGACGGACCAAACUUAACCAAGAAUCAACAGCCCCCAAAGUGCUCUUCACAGGAGUGGUGGAUGCUCGGGGAGAGCAGGCUGUGCUGGCACUGGGGGGAAGUCUGGCUGGUUCAGCGGCAGAGGCUUCCCACCUGGUCACUGAUCGCAUCCGCCGGACAGUCAAGUUCCUGUGUGCCCUGGGGCGGGGAAUCCCCAUUCUGUCCCUGGACUGGCUGCAUCAGUCCCGCAAGGCUGGUUUCUUCUUAUCACCGGAUGAAUAUGUGGUGACCGACCCUGAGCAAGAGAAGAACUUUGGCUUUAGCCUUCAAGACGCACUGAGCCGGGCUCGGGAGCGAAGGCUGCUAGAGGGCUAUGAGAUCUAUGUGACCCCUGGAGUCCAGCCACCACCACUUCAGAUGGGAGAGAUCAUUAGCUGCUGUGGAGGCACAUACCUACCCAGCAUGCCUCGGUCCUAUAAGCCACAGAGAGUUGUGAUCACAUGCCCUCAGGACUUCCCUCGUUGCUCCAUUCCACUGCGGGUUGGGCUGCCCCUCCUCUCGCCUGAGUUCCUGCUGACUGGAGUGCUGAAGCAGGAAGCCAAGCCAGAGGCCUUUGUCCUUUCCCCUUUGGAGAUGUCAUCCACCUGAGAACUCCACUACCCUUUUCCCUCCCAGACCACGAAUUAGAAGAUAUAUGGAAGAAAGAACUCAGGGCGUUAGAAAGGAUUGGGGUAUAUUGAUAAAGCUUGUCCUGGAACAUGGGUGGGACCAGAAAUCUUUAUGAAUAAAUGAAAAGAUAAGGGAUUUGGAAGCGACAGGUUGUUUUUUGUUUGUUUGUUUUUUUAAUGGCCAUUUUAUUUUAUUUGUAUUUAUAGUUUUUUAUUUGUAUAGAUUUAGGGGAUACAAGAUUUCUUACAUGCAUGUAUUAAAUGGCCGUUUUAAAAUUAGCUAGUUUCAUGCUCAGAUGUCAUAAGUGGAAGCUAUCUUUAGCCAGACUGUUGCAGUUAUUGCUCGAUGCCACUCAUGGUGUCCUACCUCCUAUUUGGAAACCAUCUCUAUUGUUUUCUUACUGAGAUUCUUACUUUGGGGUCAGGAACUUGAAGGAAUGCUUGGAGUGAGUAGAUUCGAGGGUCCAGUUAUGGAGUGCUACUAAAACAUGUUCUUCUCUCCUGGCCUCUGGAAGCAUCUUUAGCUUUGACUUUGGGCAAGUCUCUGUACUUUUCUGGCCAGCUUUUCCAGGAUUUAUAAAAUUAGAGCUUCGGCUUGCCCUCUGUGAUAAAUAAAUAUUCACUCUGUG